AUGCUACAAUUACGCAGCUCAGAAUUAAAUCAGUCUUUAUUAGCACCAGUGAAGGUAGCUAAGCGAUUGGAUUUCUAUCUGAAAGAUCGCAGUUUGAUUGUAUUCCGGAUACUUCAUGAAGUGGUUCGAGCGUAUCGCGAACAGAAUUAUGGUUUUAAGUUCAUGCUCAAACAACUCCUAGAUUUUCCUGGGACUCAGGCUAACUCAGCGCUGUCGCAUGAAACAACGCGUGUCAACACUGCCCGUGGUACAAAUACAUCCAGAAGAAAGUCGGUAAUAUUGGCUUUUAUGGCCCAAGAUGAAGAUCUGGUGCAGCUUAUGCCGUUCUUCACACCCGCAACUGGACAUCCACGUAUUCUGUCUGUUCACCCUUCUUCUUCUUCUACUCGCCAGUUGUGUGAUGCACAAAGCAAUACAGAUGUGAUGACCGAGUGGAUUAAUGAUUGGAUCGGUACAGCCGGGCAAACCUUGUCCGAGCUACACAUCCUCGGAUUCCCGUGUCCUGAUCCACCUGCGGAUCUCAUGACCAAAAUAUGCAAUCACUUGACGGAUUUAAACAAGCGGAUGAGAAUCAGCAGUGAUGUGGGAGCCAUUGAUGGAGUCCUGUAUCUACCAGCCGUGGAAUAUCUUCUCACAGAGGAAAGCCCUCAUGCCGUGUCCUCAUUCUUUAUUCAUUGUGACAUACAUUCCGAAGUGGCAUGUAUACUGUUCGAAAUACUGGUCAUAACCGGUUCGGCAUUGGGACCGUCGCAAAGCGAACCAAAAUAUUUGUGGAUUCGUUCCAUAUUUGACAAAUCCUGUACUCUAUCCGAAAGUCACGAUCCAAUUAUGCUCAGUCGACUAUCCUCCCAUGCGUCCGCCAAAUUGCAAUCCCUUUGUUACAUGCAGUCCGGCAACUCAACUGCUCAAGACCUCUGCGUGAUACGAACACAUUUGGAAGACAUUAUUCGUACUCUGUUCCUAAUUGAUUGGCUCACUUGUAAACAUCCUCAGUCGCACAAAAUUUACCGAACCCAUGGAUUUAUCGAACUACUUUCUUGGUUUCGCCCGAGGCGAGUUUUUAAAUUGUUUCAGUGGUUGUACGAGUCAGAUUUCAGCGCCUCAGAAAUACGAUUAUUCAAGUGUGCAGUUGUUGCUUUGGCGAGUCGGAUCAGUGCACGAGUGACCGGUCGGACAAAAGCCAAGUGGUUAGAACUGGAUCAAACGGAGCAGGAUAUCGACGAAGAGAAUGCGGGCAAACCGGCUGCCGUGUGUACUACACCUGCAUGA